UCAUUUGAUGUGAUGUCAAAUGCUAAUAGUACAAGUAGCUCGAUAUCAAAUUAUCAAAUUACUUUAGCAUUUUUAAUGUCUUUACUAGCUUUUGCCAUAAUGCUAGGAAAUGCUGUGGUUAUUUUAGCUUUUGUAGUGGACAAAAACCUUAGACAUCGAAGUAAUUUUUUUUUCCUUAACUUGGCCAUUUCUGAUUUCUUCGUGGGUGUGAUCUCCAUUCCUCUGUACAUCCCUCACACACUGGUUGGUUGGAAUUUUGGAAAUGAACUCUGUGUAUUUUGGCUCAUCAUUGACCAUCUUUUGUGUACAGCAUCUGUGUAUAACAUUGUUCUCAUCAGCUAUGAUCGAUACCAGUCAGUCUCUAAUGCUGUGUCUUAUAGAGCUCAACAUACUGAGAUCUUGAAGAUUGUCACUCAGAUGGUGGCUGUUUGGGUGCUGGCCUUCUUGGUAAAUGGGCCAACGAUUCUGGUUUCAGAGUCUUGGAAGAAUAAUACUUGGAAUAAUAAUAAUAAGGAAUGUGAACCUGGAUUUUUUUUGAAAUGGUACAUCCCCCUUAUUACAUCGUUCUUGGAAUUCCUGGUCCCAGUCAUCUUAGUUGCUUAUUUCAAUGUGCAUAUUUACUGGAGCCUUUGGAAGCGGGGUAAUCUUGGUAGGUGCCUCAGCCAUCCUGGACUCACCUCUGUCUCCUCCAGAGACUGCGGGCACUCAUCCAGACAUGGACUGUUUUCAAGGACAUCUCUUCCUGCAGGGAAGGACGCAACAUCAUCCUGUGGUUCAGAGAGACAAGGAAGAAACAACAGUCUCUUGUUUUCCUUCAGAACCUACGUGAAUAGCAAUACAAUCACUUCUAAAGCUAGUUCCCUCUCCAAAUCGGAUUCUAUAGCUCUUCACCAAAGAGAACAUACGGAACUGCUCAGAGCUAAAAAAUUAGCUAAGUCGCUGGCUAUUCUCUUGGUUUUUUUUGCCAUUUGCUGGGCUCCAUAUUCUCUGUCCACAGUUGUUCUUUCAAUUUACAAACCAGAGCAGCGUUCAAAAUCGGAUUGGUACAGAAUUGCAUUUUGGCUGCAGUGGUUCAACUCCUUUGUCAAUCCCUUUUUGUAUCCAUUGUGUCACAGGCGUUUUCAGAAGGCUUUCUUAAAAAUAUUUUGUAUGAAAAAGCAACGAAUACCAUCACACAAUCGGUCAACAUCCUCUUGAUGAUAAUGUUCUCACUUCUGUAAAUUUUAGUCUUCAUCUCACCAAGGUGAAUUUCAUCUGGUUUUCAUCUUGCCCAUUCCACUCUACCCGCCCCCCCAAAAAAAGUCCAUAAAACCACAACAAUUGAAAACUUAAAAAAAAAAAAUCUGCACUUGGACGCCGAUGGAACAUUAUCCCAGUAAAUAACAGUCUAAUGAUGAAUUGAUAACAUAUUUUUGUAAACUCAUAGCCACAAAAUACUAUUUUUCUUAGUCAUCACCUCUUCCUUGUUUUGUAGAUCUUGAUACAACCUUGAUUGUGAAAGUCCAGAGUCUCUCUUCUCUUUUUAUGUACAAUGUUUGCUACAGUCAUAAGUUAAUUUCACCUUUUUAUUUGAUAGCAAUACAAAUGUGUCCAGUUUUGAAAAUCA